AUGCCGGCUCAGGAUGAUGGAUGCAGAACCGCUUCUGAGCCGACACCAAGGGCGGAUGAUGGUUGCCGGACUGCUUCAGAGCCCUCACCGAAAAUGGAUGACGGAUGUAGGACUGCAUCCGAGCCCACACCAAAGGCGGAAGGCUAUUCGAAGACUGUUUCGAGACUCACUCCAGAACCGCAAGACGACACAAACACUGCUGUGCCAUCGACUCCGAAGCAGGUAUAG